UCCCUUUCGCUGUCCUCCCUGGCCUUGGUGCUUGGUGCCUGGCAUCCAGGGUCAUUUUCUUUCAUAACCACCACUGCCAUCCUUACAUUAGCAUUUGCACUGCUGUUGGGGCAAGACUCAAGUGUACGAGUGUGUGUGUGUGUGCUUGCUUGCUCGCUACAGGCCGUAUUAUGCAGGGACUCGGAAAGACAGAGAGAGGGGAUCAGGGCCGAGACAUCGACCUGACAUCGCUGAGAUCCACCAUGCCAGCCAGCGGGCCUUUGCAGGGAGGUUCACCCUCGAACCUGAACAUGAACCUGUAUGCCACCAAGAAGACAGCAGCUGAGGGCAUGUUGGACAUCGCUUUGUUCCUGGCCAACAUCACACACAUGAAGACAGUCAUCGAACAGGGUGCUGGAUACAGGUACUACGCUGCCGUCCUGACGCUCAUCUCCUUCUCUCUGGCGCUCCAGAUAGUAGCAGGAGUCCUCAUCAUCGUCAUCGCCCGCAGGGACCUGAACGUGGUGUCCAAUCAGAAACGACUUGACUACCUGAACAACCUGGCCACAGGGGUCAUCUUCGCCACCACAGUGAUCAACUUCUUCAUCAGCUUCUUCGGAUCCAAGAGGACCGGUUUCUUCCGCUGGCUGCUGGCUCGACUGCACUUCUGACACACACGCACACACACAGACACACACACACACAGACACACACACACACACACACACACACACACACACACACACACACACAGAGCAGAAACCCAUUACACAAUAUCAUCCAUGCAAACACUUACAUUUGUAAAUUUAAAGUUAACUAAGCAUACAAUGAGCGUGCACACAGACAUCCAUUUUUUACAGAGAUGAGACAACCUGUUCACGUGUGUCAAACAUCACAUCUUUUUUUUUUAUUCUGCCUUUGAAAAGUGUUUCACCAUGUCAUCUAACUAACGUAUUUUCAUUUUAACCGGCUGAAUUUCCAUGUAAAUAUUUAUAACUUCAUUUGGUCUAAUAAUGUGCCCCAAAAAAAUUGUGUGUAUUCCAUAAUGUGUAUUUCCAUCUGUUUUACACUUGUGUCUUUUGUAUUUUAAAUUGUAAAAACUUGAUAAAUCAUGAUAAUUCGUCCAAGUAGCAGACAAAAAAGAGUCAAAUGAACAAGAGACAUCCUUCUAAUGUACAUGGAAGCAGAAUAAAUAUAUUAAUUUAAGAUGAA